AAUUUCAAAGAUCGGUUUAACCUAAGAAUUUAGGGUGUUCCAAGCUAGACAUUUCGAUAUUGGUUUCAAAAAUUCAGAUGUUUUUCCUCCUGAGCAAGUAUACAACAGAAGGAUUAAUCAUUUCUUGAAAGUCGACCAGGUCUACACCACCAAACUCGCCCUGGCAAAAGUUCAGAGUAUUGUUUAUCUCCAAAAGAAGAGACAAGUGUGACACAGAGCUUAGAAAAUACAGGUUCAAACGUCAGACUUACAGGAACUUAUACUGGAGUCUCGGUGGAGUAGUUGCAGCCCUUGCUUUCCAUUAUUAUUAUUACAAAAUACUGAUCUAUGAGAAUGGGCAGGUUGCUGAUUUUGGGGAAGAAUAUCCAUAUUACCAACCUUCAAUAAUAUCAAUGUGGGGGCAUAAGAUUAGAAGAGUCAGAGACCUGUUUGUGUUUUCAUUAAGAUACCACUCAGCUUCUCAGGAUUACACUGACAAUUUGAACCAGAACGUAGUCAACCCAGUGUUUUUUGAGAUCUAUAAGUACAAGAGAAUGCUCAAAUGGUACAGAUUUAGAGACAUGCGAGACACAAGCUUCGAUUUCAUGGACAUUGGGGAAGACAUGUUUGACCAGGUGGAUGACGGAUUAUAACUCAAAGGUUUCAGUCUUUUGACAA